GAUCAUUUGACUUGGCUGUGGAAUCACCAGAAUUAUACAGUUUAUAUUUUUACAGCUCAUAAGCAUUUGUUUCAUUCUUCCAAGAACAGUGGAGACGCUGCACAAAAUAACCCCAGUGUUGCUGCCCCAGUCCCGGAUGGCAUGCACUGUCUCCACACGUUCCUCCCUGUGGCGUGCUCAUGCAUGAGGAAGGGCGGCGAGGGACGGCAACAGUGGAUCUCUUGAGCUUUUCCUUGCCUGUGUCCUCGUGGUCAGCUCAUCCUGGGAAAUAGCAUGAGGAAGAAAGGCUGUGAUAAGGUCCCAGAGCCAUGCAUGUUUCUUCAAACACCACUGUUUUCUUCUUGAACUUGGCACCUUCUGGAUGGGACAGAAGACAUGGCCUCUCAGGGCUGUCAGCCUUCCUGCUUGCACGGCUGCAUACAUAACACACUUACCUGUGUUCACUCUGAGUCUCACUGGGCUCCACACAUCGAGGGGCCACCCCCAGAGUUCUGUGCUCCUGGGCUCACAAGGAACCCCAGCGGGCACCAUGACACCCAGCCUGCCCACUCCUCUGCUUGACGGGCGUGCUGCCCUGUCCCAGCACACUCCACACUCAAAGCACAAGGUCAGGGGUUAAGUUAGUGACGACUCCUGACAGCUGGUGCAGAGCAGUAGCCCACGAAGACCCUUCUGAGCCUGGGAUCCCGUGAGGCUGCUGUGCCUGUAGUCCAGGCUCUCAGACACUUCCGCUGCCCUGUGAGCCUGCAGACUGGGGUCACGGGUGUCUCUGUCUGAUUUACCAUCUGCAGGCUUAGAGGAGAUGAGCUGGGCAUGGCCUGCACUGGCAGCCCCAGUCCAGACUUGUGGUGCAAGAGUGCUCGGCUCCCCAGGCGCCAAAGGCAGUUGUCCGUGCUGGGGGGAAGCCUGGUUUGCAGAUGGCUUCUGGGCUGUCGGCACCAGGCCUGUUCAUCAGCUACAGGUGUGUGUGGGUUUCUUCGGUCUGCGGAUCCACCCCCUGCAGAAGGCCUAUUCCUAGCUCAGAAAGAGACCUGCGCAAGAACAUUUUUGCAAAAGACUCCGAGUUCAGAACUUGAGAUUUGUACCUUGAGUUGUGGUGUUCCCACCUCCCACCCCAUUGUCGUCUUGAUUCGUCUCAGGAGCAUUAAUUGCCUGCCAGGGGAACACUUGUAAACCUGCUGUCAGGAGUCAGAUUCCGGAAUGUUCCGUCAUCAGGGCUCAGUACUCGAUGUUCUGAAGGGGUAGGUGAUGGCACUUCUCAAACUUCAGCGUGCACAGAAGCCGCCUCCGGUCCCAGAAAUGUCGGUUCUGGUGGCUUCCGUGGGCUUCCCGGGAGGGGGCUGCAUGUGGCGUCAGCCCUGUUUUGAGAAGCCAUCUCUGGCGUCUCACGCUCCGUGAUCUACGGAAGGGAAGACCCUGAGAGCCUGCCGCAGUGUCAUUGCUGGGGAGGAGACGCACACCGCUGGAUUUGUCCACAGCAAAGCGGAAGUUUGCAGAUUCCUUAAAUGAAUUCAAGUUUCAGUGCAUAGGAGACGCGGAAACAGAUGACGAGAUGUGUAUAGCAAGGUCUUUGCAGGAGUUUGCCACUGUCCUCAGGAACCUGGAAGAUGAGCGGAUACGGAUGAUUGAGAACGCCAGCGAGGUGCUCAUCACGCCCUUGGAGAAGUUCCGGAAGGAGCAGAUCGGGGCUGCCAAGGAAGCCAAAAAGAAGUAUGACAAAGAGACCGAGAAGUAUUGUGGCGUCUUAGAAAAACACUUGAAUUUGUCUUCCAAAAAGAAAGAAUCGCAGCUUCAGGAGGCAGACAGCCAAGUGGACCUGGUCCGGCAGCAUUUCUACGAGGUGUCGCUGGAGUACGUCUUCAAGGUGCAGGAAGUGCAGGAGCGCAAGAUGUUUGAGUUCGUGGAGCCUCUGCUGGCCUUCCUGCAGGGCCUCUUCACUUUCUAUCACCAUGGUUACGAGCUGGCCAAGGAUUUUGGCGACUUCAAGACACAGCUGACCAUCAGCAUACAGAAUACAAGAAAUCGCUUUGAAGGCACCAGGUCAGAAGUGGAGUCCCUGAUGAGGAAGAUGAAGGAGAAUCCCCUUGAACACAAGACCAUCAGCCCGUACACCAUGGAAGGGUACCUCUACGUGCAGGAGAAACGUCACUUUGGAACUUCCUGGGUGAAGCACUACUGUACAUAUCAGCGGGAUUCCAAGCAGAUCAGCAUGGUGCCGUUUGACCAGAAGUCAGGAGGAAAGGGGGGAGAAGAUGAAACAAUCACCCUGAAGUCCUGCACGCGGCGCAAAACAGAUUCCAUCGAGAAGAGGUUUUGCUUUGACGUGGAAGCUGUAGACCGGCCAGGGGUUAUCACCAUGCAGGCAUUGUCGGAAGAGGACCGGAGGCUCUGGAUGGAAGCCAUGGAUGGCCGGGAACCCGUCUACAACUCGAACAAAGACAAUCAGAACGAAGGGACUGCGCAGUUGGACAGCAUUGGCUUCAGCAUCAUCAGGAAGUGCAUCCAUGCUGUGGAAACCAGAGGGAUCAAUGAGCAAGGGCUCUACCGAAUCGUGGGGGUCAACUCCAGAGUGCAGAAGUUGCUUAGUGUCCUGAUGGACCCCAAAACAGCUGCAGAGACGGAAACAGAUAUCUGCGCCGAGUGGGAGAUUAAGACCAUCACCAGUGCUCUGAAGACUUACCUGAGGAUGCUUCCAGGGCCGCUCAUGAUGUACCAGUUUCAAAGAAGUUUCAUCAAAGCAGCAAAGCUGGAGAACCAGGAGACUCGGGUCUCUGAAAUCCACAGCCUGGUUCAUCGGCUCCCAGAGAAAAAUCGGCAGAUGUUACAGCUGCUCAUGAACCACUUGGCCAAUGUUGCUAACAACCACAAGCAGAACUUGAUGACCGUGGCCAACCUUGGCGUGGUGUUUGGACCCACCCUUUUGCGGCCUCAGGAAGAGACCGUAGCCGCCAUCAUGGAUAUCAAAUUUCAGAAUAUUGUCAUCGAGAUCUUAAUAGAAAACCAUGAAAAGAUCUUCAACACUGUGCCCGAUGCGCCGCUCACCGGCACCCAGCUGCACCUGUCGCGGAAGAAGAGCGGUGAUGCCAAGCCCCCGUCCUGCAGCGAGAGACCCCUGACGCUCUUCCACGCCGUGCAGGCGACAGAGAAACAGGAGCAAAGGAACAGCAUCCUCAACUCCAGUUUGGAAUCUGUCUCAUCGAACCCAAACAGCAUUCUGAAUUCCAGUAGCAGCCUGCAGCCCAACACAAACUCCAGCGACCUAGACCUGGAUGUGGUCAAGCCUGCUCGGCCCAACUCACUCCCCCCGAAUCCAAGCCCAACAUCACCCCUCUCGCCAUCUUGGCCCAUGUUCUCGGCGCCCUCCAGCCCUAUGCCCACCUCAUCCACGUCCAGCGACUCAUCCCCCGCCAGGUCUGUUGCAGGGUUUGUUUGGUUUUCUGUUGCUGCUGCCGUUCUCUCAUUGGCUUGGUCCUCUCUUCAUGCAGUGUUCAGCCUCCUCGUCAACUUUGUUCCCUGCCAUCCAAACCUGCACUUGCUUUUUGACAGGCCAGAAGAAGCAGUUCGCGAAGACUUCAGCACACCGUUCCGGAAGGCAAAAGCCUUGUACGCCUGCAAAGCUGAACACGACUCGGAGCUCUCGUUCGCAGCAGGCACAGUCUUCGAUAAUGUUCAUCCGUCUCAGGAGCCUGGCUGGCUGGAGGGGACUCUGAACGGGAAGACUGGCCUCAUCCCCGAAAACUACGUGGAGUUCCUCUAAGCCUGGGCCCCAGCACAACUGCUGAGCUUUACAUGGUAUCCAUGACAACCGCUGACACCAGUGUCGUAGGCCAUUUCUGUUUGCCACUGAGAAUUGCAGGGGACCGACUGUUGCUACCUGUCGCCACGAAUGUUCCUGUGAACUCUCACGUCUCCCAUCUCCGCCGUCAUCUCAGCUGACAGUGAUACCGCAAGAAGCAGAAGUCAAUCAGCAGAGGCCGUUUGCUUUGGAUGACAGGGAGGAAGGCUUGCCAAGCCAGUUUCUCAUGGGUGCCCUAAACAGGGAGCGCUCAUUUUUGUCUCAAGUGUCAUCCACACCCCCAUCCUCCUGAAACAGGAAGUGAGCUAUCAGGAGCCCCCAAGAGCACAUAGCAUAGCGAAAGCCAGCCAGCCUAGGCAGAGAAACUGGCACUGAGGUCCGGGCUGGGCCCGUCGCUUUUGUUUACAGGAGGCUCUCCCUCUUCCUUUGAAUACUUGAGACCCACAGUGCCGCAGGCAGCUGGGUCUGUCUGCAUGCCGGGCGGAGAGGGGCGAUGGCACUGUUUAUGUAAGACCCAAUCUUUCAGCAUCUCUAAAGCAGCCACUGGGCCAUCAGCAGCACAAUUCAGUUCUUGCCUCUCAUGCAAGGGAACACGCUCACCCCACGUUACCCACUCCCGAGCUAGGAACUUCCUGGCCACCACGGGCCACCAUCAUCUGGUAACCACGGCAACCCAGCCUACUCAUAAACCAACCUCCAGAAAAUAACAUACUCUCUUUGCAUGACACAUUUUUCCCCCCUACUUCCUUCUCGAUUGAUUUUUGAAUGGUUUUCCAAGAACUUGAAGGAAAGGAUGGCAGAGUGAAGGUGGUCUGCUUAGGACAGACAGGAUAGCAGCUGGAAACAGUUCCUUUUCUGCUGAAUUUCAAUCACAUUUAAAAUAUAUUCGGAGCAAAACCUAGUAAGCUCUUGAGAUUCAAUUACAUAGAAGCCUCGUAUCUCUAUUCCUCCAUGCCACUGGUGUUUGCUUUCUAGAGGAGAAGGUGCUACCUCCCAGUGGGUGGCAGCGUCCAAGGAUGGGUCCCUCAUGUCCUCCAUUCACUCGCCCCUGCCCCGCCCGCCUCUAGCCCAUCACUCACCAGCCCUCUUGCAGUGCUCUGGGCCCUUGGGCACUGGUGCCCUUUGGUUUUUAGCCAUGCUUUCUGGGUCACCCUGGGACUUACAGUUUCAAAGGAGAAUCUGCAUUCACUGCCACUCAGAAGGGACUUGUUUCCUGGGACUCAUGCACGAGGCUGAGGUCAUAGGCACUGUGAUUCAGGAAGACACCACCAGUGCAGGGCAGGGAGGAUGAGCUGGAUAUCUUACGAGAAACAAAGUUGCCUGGUCCAAAGAGGCAGGGCCUUUGGAAGACCGCCUUGGAUGGGGAGGUCCCCCUGGAUAUUUCGCAUUCACAAAGUCCCAAAGAACAGAGUCCCCGUGUCUUCCACAUGGGAAAGCCGUGGCGGGCAUGGCUCUGGACAGACAAGCUCCAACCUGAAGGACGAUCCAGCUCUGCCCGAGCCCUGCGGACGGCAGCAUCGCUCUGGACAGUGUCCCCUGCUUCUGGAAUUCCUUGUUAGGGAACUUUAAAGAAGGAAAGAAAAACUUGAAUAGUGUUGACUUACUGUAUCUUUUACUUUUUUUUUUUUAAAGAUAAAUUUGUAAAUAGAGUGAUUUGAAAUACUAUAUGGCAAAGUUUUAUAUUUGAUACUCUUUAAGCUAGUUGCUACCCACAUGUAGGCUUUGAUGGCUGAACAAGUGUGGUUGAGAGGGAAGGAAAGGAGGCCGGGGGAAGGGUACCCGGAUUGGUGUGCCCCUCUGGCCAGGCAGAAGGAGACCCACCCCACCACCCGCUCUCUCUUGGUUCCCCUUGGAGGGCCUGACAAUUGGUGGUGUUCCGUCUUCUUUAUCCACCUGUGUUGUCAGCAUUCCUCGGGGUCUGGAUUUGGAGAUGGAAAGGGCAUCUUCAGGCAGUGAGUUUUUCAAAGAAUGCCUACUUAGUCGUCAGACAAAGCUCAGGAUUUAAAUAGGUGGGGCCAGAGAGUAGAUUUUUUCUGGUUUUUCUUCUCAGGUGUAUUUCUUGCUACCCCCCAAGAUAUCAGGACAGAGGAGGUGGAAUAACUGCUGUGUUCCCUUCUUCUGACAUCUAGGGCUUUACAAAUGAGGCUAAGCUAGCUUGCAAUGCUGUACACAUCUAAGUUCUAAAACACGACUGGUUUCUUGGAAUCCUGAGCUCUGGGUAUGUGGCUGCUUGCCUUUCCCUCGGCAUGUAUGUGUUCUUUCCUUUCACCUCCAGAUUCCGUGUACCCCCCAGAUAGGAGUGUAGACUGUGGUGGUGGAGUGUAGACUGUGCAUUCAAGCUUCAGAGCUCGCAGGGUUUCAAUGCUGCGGUUCACUAUGCAGUGGAUCAGCUCGAGGUCAUACAGAAGCUCUCCCGGAACUCACCCGGGAGAAAGCAAGCCCCCACCGUGGAUUCAGGGAAUAAGACUUAAGAAUGGACAAGGCUAAAAUCUGUCACUAAGAGCCCAAGAGGAAAGUACUAACAGACUACUUGCUGCUCUCAGAUCCAGGGAUGAGAAGUUGGGAAGUGGGGACUCCCCGUGGGACAAGCACACUCACACACGUGCCAAAGGAAAGGAGGCCAGCAUACUGACUUUAGUGCACUGGACAAUUUGAAUUGUCCCCUGGCCUCUUGAGCUCUUACCUGGAUUUAAUAUGGAGGAGCAGAAGCCAGAGUCCCCACUUCAGGACCUCCUCAUUGAAGCAGACCUGUAGACACUUGGCCCCAGCUGGAGUGCGUGGAAGCCUGUCCCUCCCUCCUGAGUGGCCUUGAUGGCAUCUGCUGCAUAAGACCCCUUCCUCGCUUCCUGCAGCCAUACCGGGCUGGUGGCAGGUGGUUGCUCUGGUUCCCUUUGUCCCACCAGGCUCUCCUCCUCCCCAUUGGCUACAGAACUAUAGGAACUGUUCAAUGUGAGCCAACAAGUAGGAAGGAACUUGAAGAGUGAAAACAGAUUGGGCUUUCUUCACCAUCCAUGGUUGCUACCCCUAACUCUGUCUUUGUAGGGAUAAUAGCAGGGACCAUGACGGCAGACCAGGGGGAUAGAUCAGGUAUCGCUGAGCUUUCUUUGGGGGCUGUGGAGAUUGCUCACUCACUUACUCCUCCAGGUAUCCAGGAUUUCCUAGCCAGGGAAUGCUGAGCCACGAGGAGAUAACUCGUUCCAAGUCCUUGCCCCCAAGCAAGUAGAGUGCUGGUUUGCUCUUGGUGGAGAAUACUGCGUUCUGUUUUUCAAAAUAAACUCAUUGAGAUGAGUCCUGGACAGUGCAAGCUUCCUUGGUAUAGAAUGGAAGCCAGGUUCUAGCUCAGUGCAGAUGGUAUUUCUACAGCCAAUAUGUGUCCUCUGAGCAUUAGACCCAACGGCUUGUUUUCAACCUAACUUCAGCUUGUCCCUUCUUGCUGAGUGGCUUUUGGACAGAGGCAAAGACAAAGAGAAAAUGAGCAAUGAAGUGGCAGAUUGGCAUUGGGGCUGAGCCGUGCUGGUGAUGCGGUCAUCUUGGGCGUUAGUCCAGGACGCCCUAGCGAGGGGAGGCCUUCUGCUCACUGAGUGUGUGCCUCAACAGCAGCAUCCCCAGGCGUGCUGAACGGGCUCCCUUGACUGCAGGGACUGUGGAGGCACCAUGAUUGGGGGCUGCAGAGACAAAAGCAGCCAAAUGUCGCUGUUUGCUCACUCAUGACUGUCUGCGGGCACCUUUAAUCUGCUGACUUUUGCUUCCAAAAGCAGUAUUACCAAACUUUGUAGCUAGGGGACUCCCAGGUACAGCAGUGGUCACUGUGUCACCCAUACUCUGCCCUGGUUAUGAGUGACAUGUCAUCCAAGUAAGUUGCCAGCGCUGGAGCAGCCCCUUAGCUCCCUGACUUUGAAAGGAAUGUCCCAGGUGUUCUGUCUAGGGCGCUGUCUCUCUUCUGGCAAACUUGACCAUGAUCAAUUACCGUGACAACCCUGCCCCUCUUCUCUUUCAAGUUAGCCCAGAGUCUGCUCACACACCCUGUGCUGGUGUUUGAAAAAUGUGUCUGGUCGUGUUCACAUGUGCUUGGCAGCCAUGCUGAUGUGCUGGGUACCGAACCACUUCUCUGUAAUUGUGACAUCAAAAUGACAACAGCAGGGCAGUGAAGGUUACGGGGUCCUGCAGCGUGGCUGAGACAAGACUCCAACAGGUGAUAACUAGCCUCUUCCUUUGGCCACCUACAGUACUUUUCUAACUAAAGAGCUUCCCAAAGCAGAGGGAGAGGCUGUAGAGAGCAUCUGAUGGCAUCCAGAGCCAGCCAUUGCUGAAGUCUCAUCUAAGGGCAGCGCCUCUGUGCCUGGGCAGAAGGAUAGUGAUUGAUACCAGAAGCAGCGAGGAGGAACAAGGUGCAUCACACUGAGGAACUGGGCUGGGCUUGGGAUUUUUAGAGGAAUAAAUACUGUUCAUCAUAGCGAGAAAAAAACUAUCCCAAGAAAGUUUCACAAGGAAUGUUUUUACAAAAGUUUUUGCAGGAUGUUACAAAUGAAAAUAUCUUUUAAGGUGGAAUGUCUCAGAGAGCAAACACAGUACCAGUCCCAGGCCCAUGGCAAAGUAGCAAUUGCUGCCAUAUCAAAAUUCAUGGCACUGGAGUCAGGGAGAACCAGGAUACUGCUAACCAAAAUGUCAUGAUUACUUGGAGCAUUCCCAGAGAGGCUAAGACAUUCGAUGCCAUUCUGCCUCGACCAUUUCUACAGAGUUGUUCACACGGACACCUUCAAGCUGCUUUCUUGGGUAUCCAGAUGCCAGGAUCAACCUUGCAUCUGUGAAAACAUCCGUCUGAUGAUUCUACAGAAUAUGUGUUCAUAUGUGUGUGUUGUGUGUGUGUGUGUGUGUAUGUGUGCAGCACAUAAUCACUAGGUGAAGGUGCAGGCUCUCUCACAGCCACCCACGUGAGCUGGAAAUUGCUGAGCCUGUCCAACCUUGAGAAUCUGGAGUUUCAGAAUUAGAGAAAAGGAAAGGCUGUUGGUUGAAUUUUAUUCAUAUUUAUCCAAUGGUUCCUAUCUGCAGCAGCUAUGUUCCUUAUUAACUUAUUUUUAAAAAGAUGUUGGGAAAAAAAAAGAUGAAACCCAUAAAUGCUUAGUAGUCAAUGCUAGGCCAGUGUUCCAAAGCACUCUAAAAGACAUCUUGUCCAUGUUUUGGCUAAAGAAAAUAUUUGCAUGUUUAAUUCAUAAUUGAGGCUACCUUUGAGUAUACCGUAAAGUGCUGUGUAAUAUAAUAUCAAUAAAGUACUUAUAAAAUGGCACUUUAAUGUUUUCUUUUUAAAAGACAUAAAUAAUGCACUGUUUUAGAUGUCGGCUGAGUAUUGAGUAUUGACUGGUACAUAGAAUCCAAUUCUGUAAUUAAAAAAUCACCUGUGGCUAGAAUAGAACUUUACCCCUAUUAUUAGAAAAACAGUUUUCCAUGUUCAGGCUUUUUAAAAACUGUGCUUUUGUGUCUCUAAGUAUAUCUAUAAAGAAAAUACAGUUUCUGUCAAAUGGCCUCUGAAACUUGGCUUUCUCACACUUGGUUGGUUUCUGUGACAAUCUAUGAACAUGAAACGAGUGGAAGUAUGAUUUUUGAAUUAAAUGACUUUCCAUUUGGUGGUA